AUGGUGCAGAAUGCAGUCAUUCAGGAUUCUCCCACCACUCCCUGCUGCUUCCAGUUCUGGGAAAGGGCUUUUGUGGUGGCGUUAAGAAGGCUCUGUGACUUGCUUGCUAAGAAGUUCCCGCCUGUUCCCACCAAUUGCCAGCUUAUCCUGUUUUCGGUGCAGCUUCAGCAGCGACACGACAGGCAGGAAUUCAACAGGUGCAGCUUCGUCAAAACUGCACGUGCAUCGAGGCAACACGUCCUCAAGUUUCAGAGCCGGGUAGAGCUGUGUUACGUGUUUUACCAUAGCACUCUCCACCGAAUUUCUGCACAAGUCAUUUCGAGCAGCGGCAGAAGAAAAAGGCGGCAGAAACUCCCAUUGUUUAUAUUCCCCAAAUCCUGCACAGAACCGUAA